GAGGGGAGGAGAGGCGUGGACGGGAGAAGAGACAAUUUCCCACGUGAUGAUUGACGAGUUUAACGAGGUCACCUACCUGGAGGCGGACGAGAUUCAAGACAAGUUGUCCUUCUCUCAGCCGUCCAGUAGCUCCACGGACAAGCCGCCGCUAACCGCAGUCUCAAAGGUCAGGGGUCGAGACGGGAGGAGCCAGACAAAUCGGAAGGUGCCGCCCGGCCACAGCAAAGAUAUCGUCGUGCCGCCACCUGGUGGCAAACGCAAGCACAAGUCGCGACGGCUCAGCGUGAGCAGGAACAAAAGUAGUUCGACUUUCACGGUGAACGAAGCGGCGCAGGAUUUGCUCUCUGGCGACCUGAUGGCUCACAGGGAGAGGUGCACUGCUAGAGAACAGGCCAGCCCAAGGAGAGGACAUUUCCAAAACGGGGGGAGAAGCCAUGUUUCACAAACGAAAAGAACUCAGAAAAAGAAAAUUCCAACGGGUAGAAAGACCAAACUGUCGUCCCCACAGGGAAAGCGUGUAGGUAAGCAGUCACGUGACAAGGCAAGAGUGGGCUCCUCGCUGGGCGGUUUGUCCAAACGCCAGACAGAGACACAGCAUAAAAGUGUGGCAGACUUGCUGUUUGACGUGAUGCACACCGCCUCGUCGGGCGAUCAGAUUACCGAGUCGGACAACGUAGAAAAGAAGGAAGUUGGUUCAAAACAUAGCUCACGACACCCCAGCGUUCCGGGUUUCAUCCACAUUUCUGGUAUCGUUCCAUCUUUACUCCGACGCGUUGGCCAGCUACUGUCCCCCAAGAGAAGACGCGAUGCUUCUUCGCCGAGACGUGCGAAACCCUCGCAGGGACACAGUGUCAUGUCUGUGCGGGCAGUGUGGAAUCUGCACCAGACAGAGCCAGUUUUUGCGUCGCCACAGACACAGACGCGCAGCCGGCUACCGCCCCCACCCGGACAGACGUCGGCGACAGAGUCGUUGCCUCACCAGACGUGCUCGGAUGUGGCGAAAACGGCAGGUGCUGUGGACAGUGGGGAGGUGGGGGCGGGCUCCGAGAGCCCCACCGUGGUGUACGACAGAGCCGGCAGGGAGAAGUUUGCUGUGGCAAGGUCAAGGCUCAGCGCGUUGGAGCCACACUCUUCCUCUUGUCUGUCACCAGCCUGGCACUUUGAGACAGUAGCAGCAACACAUAAACCUACUGCUUCACAACGUGUUAAACACAGGCCCCCAGCUUCACCUCAUGCUAAACACAUCCCUCAAGCAUCACAACACACUUCACAACACACCCAACACAUUGUUCCAACAUCACAACACACUUCACAACACACCCAACACAUUGUUCCAACUUCACAACACACCCAACACAUUGUUCUAGCAUCACAACACACCCAACACAUCCCUCAAGCAUCACAACACGCCGUCUGUAGUGAGGAAAAAGAUGAAGGACCUCGCUCACACACCGACUGUCAGCCUGACAAGCCGUCAACAAAUGAAAGUAGGGAAACCACCAAGGAGGGAUCGCCCAAUUCUGACCUGAGACCAUCCAGCAAGAGAAAACUGGACACAACUGUUGCACGAAACAAUGGCAUCCUUCAAAACGAUGAUUUGUCGAGUCCUGCAAAAAAACUGGGGAAGUCAGGUCAGUUGUCGGAGUCUGAUCUGCAACAUCCAUGUACGCUUUUGUUGAAAUCCCCAAGGGACAAUCCCGACCCCAGGGGUCAAAAGGAUAGACAAGCACAAGAGACGAAGGAGUGCACGGAUGCUUGUACCAGCAUGGGAGGGCGGGAUCUGAUCCGCCCUCAUACUCGCACGAGUGGGAAGGAAAAGCCAUCCAGCCCAGUGAGGCAAAGUUCUCAAACUGGCCGUCCUGUGGUCUGCACUCUAGAGAAAACCCAGCAAACCUCGCUCAGCUGUGGCUCCAAGGGAAAAGAAAGUCAGAGCAUCAAGGAAAGUAAAAGUGGCAAAGAGAGUAAGGGUUUAAAAUGGAGUGUGAGUCAGAAGGAGAAAUCCAACACGUCUACUCUCAAACAGAGUGUGCCCACCGCGCUAGAGCAGUCUUCCUUCACGCUGCGUCCCGUGCCAAAAACUCAGUUCAAGGGGAGUUUUUUCCAAAACCAGUGGACCUCCAAAGUGGUAGAGUUCAACAAAGAAUUUCAAAGCGUUCCCAGAGCGGCCGAAAGAGACAUAGUGGUAGGCAAAAUGGUAGGCAAAGAUGGGCCGGAGACCUGCCCCUCCUCCACUAACCCCCAGUGUCCCGUGGGAAGUCAGAAGACAUUCUACUGCCAGUGUGAGGCUAGCCGGGUGUCCAAGGUGCCUGUCCCUCGCUCUGGGGUGGGGAAGUUUGCCCCUUACUCUACUCAGCGACCACACAGAAAGAGGGCUUCUGGGGACACCCGCGGUGUUGAGCACAGAGACACAGCAGAUGGCAGAAGAGAGGAAGUUCCAGGCAGAGCGGAGCAGAGAGUGGCUGAGAAGACGGCUCAGUCUGCGGCCCGAGAGUUGAAGCCAGGAAAUAAGGAGUUUACGUCCAGAAGCCUGUAUGGUUGCGAAACUAUCAGGAAAGAUGUCGGGGAGGAAAAUGAUGAGCUGGCUCCAUUGAAGCAAUGGCGGCCGGAAACGAGAGUCGGCGAGUCUGUCUUUAAGAGGAACAGGAUGGUUUUGCUGUCGCUGCAGAAAAAGAGAGGUUUUGGACUGAAGCUGGGAGCCAAUGGCCAGCCCCCUCGUGGCGCACAACAGGAACUUCUGAAGGUGAGGCCUAGCUACCCCAGGCAAGUUCCAAGGCUGCUCAAACAGCGGCCUAAGAUGCACAAGUACACGUUCUUUAGAGUACCCGUUUCAAAGACAGGGAGGAAAAAUGAAUGCGGGGCUGAAAAGCAAAGUUCAGAGGGAGGUAGAGCUCUCUCCGAGGUGGCUUUGGGCUACAUGAGCAGUCCUGAGCCUACAUGCUGUAGCCCUGAGCCGAGGGGCCACAACCCUGAGCUCAAAGAUCUAGAUCCACACAGGCCCAGGGACGUCGGCCAGAGAGGUGUGGUGAAGGACGCCACAAGGCAAAAGCCGUCGGCCUCCAAGGACGCAAGCGCCGACUCGUCAAAGAGAGACCACUCCCAGAGCACACUGAACAUACUGUCCAACUUUUCUCUGCCUGCCUUCCCCACGGACACCGCCCCCAGGCUCAGCCUAGCCAACCUUGCCAGUCAUGACGUCAGUGUAGACGUCAGCACAAACCUCAGUCCUCAGGAUAUUGUCCACAAGAUGGAAUCGUCCGAAGCUGACAGUCGAGAAAGUGGAGUCAAAGGUCAGAGGAUGGGGGUGACCAGUAGAUUCAUCCAGUCCAAUAUAUGCAUGGUGGAGUCUCUUACCUCCAUGACCAAAAGCGCCGAUGUCGGGACUCAUGACAGCAAAGACCUGGACAAACCCUCACUACAGCCCAAUGCCCAAACAUCUCUCAGUGGAACAAAAGACCAGGCAGAGGAGACCCUCUUUGCCCAGGGUGAGAACGACCUUGACCAUGGCGAGAAAGUCGAGAGUGAGAGGAAAGACGCGUGCACUGAUAGUGUCUAUCAGGUACACUUGACCUCCAAAGGAGCUCAGAGUCCAGCAAACAUCAGCCCCUGCACCAUUAAGAAAGAGACAAGGGCCACACAGAGAAAGGGGCGUGUGUUUCAGAGCAAGAUCCCACGAUACGUCAUUUCAACAAACGCAAACCGUCGAUCGACACCUUCUCUGUUUUCCCUCGGGACCGGGCAAGAGUUGCCAGCUGUGCCAGCAACACAGUUUGAGGGCGCCCCACGGCCACAAUGUUCUGACAGAAAGACAGCUCCCGAGCACGGUCUGUGCAGACACGGGCAGAGAACAGCAGCUGUUGAUGAAGAAGAAGAGUUUGUUUACUCCCGAAACAGAACAACACACGGCUACCAGGGUACCCAAAAAGACCAUGAUACGAAAACGGCAACGCCCACAGAAGCAUUGAAAACUUAUGACAGGCUAAAGGCACGUGUCCCUACUCUUCGGCGAACUGGCUCGAUUUUGAAAGAGCACAAGGAAUUCCAGAAGACGUCCCCUGUCGGGAAAAACCUGUCGGCUUUGAUCCCCUAUCUGAUGCAGCAGUCGGAGCCCAUCAUUAUCAUUGCCCCCCAGCUGGAGCACCAGGGGAAGGUGAAGGCCACCUCGGUGAGUUCCGCGCCCAGCUCUCCCAGCUACAAACAGGUCAAGAGAGAGAGCAAAGCCGAGAGCGGCUCUACUUCACCGCUGCUCCUGGGACCCGCCACUAGCCCACAAAACCAGCUGUGCGACCACGGGCUCGAUAAAGCCAGACGACAACUUCAAAAAACGCUCUAUGAAAUCGGCUCGAGACACAAAACUAGUUUUCAUAAAACACACGUUCCAAAUGCUGGCAAUGGUCAUUUUCAAAAAGAGAAAUAUGUGGAAAGACAUAAUGGCCGGAAUAGGCUGCAGGUACGUGGAAGAAGUAAGGAUGACUCGGAUAGCCCUGUUCCUAAGUCAUGUCAGUCAUCUUUGCUACUAAGCGAUAAGAGCUCUACUAACAAUACACUUUUCUUUCACAAAAGGCUCCAGCCACAAAGACCUCUGAAAAGGCUACCCUCGGAAAUUGAAAAGACUGGUUUGCUGUCAAAAAUGAAAGAAAGGGUUGAUGAAGGUCAAAUGGUGGCUCGCAGAGAUCUACGCGCCACCUCAUCCCAGCACUGCAAAAACAGCUGUCGGUGUGAACCGGUGGAUGUGGCAGACGCCGAGUAUCUCUCUAGCAGAAGGUGGAGACAGGACAAAAAGAACAGCCACAAACACCAGCAGGCGACAGGGGAAGCGACCACUGCCAGUUACAAAACCUGGCUACAGCAGAGGGCAGAGGCCCAGCCGUCUGAGCCGUCCACUUUGUUACGGUUUGGAGCAGUUGCGAAUAAAGAAGAGGACUGGCGAGGAGGUCAGGCUGGGGAUGACAGACCAGACACAUUCGUCUCCAACCGCCCGGUACAGAUGAAGGUCACUUCUUGUGGUGAGAGCGCUGGUCCUCACCAGACGGCAGUGGGUCAGAAGUCACAUGACCCCGACGUCCCCAAAAGGAAAGUUCAUUACUUGAAGAGAGGCGGGAAAACCCCGAGACAGAGUGCAGAGAGCAAAGUGACGCAGCCCAGCCCUAGGCUGCCUGUGGACUCUCCACAGACUCUGGCCACUGACAGCAGACCAAAAUCUUCCACCACUCGGGGUAUCUCCCAUUCCAACAACAAGAGCCUGACCAGCAGGGGAGACAAGCGGGACCACUGGAAGAGAUCGAAAAGCCAACCUGGCAGCUCCCCAAACACACAAAAGACGAGUGCGGCCCCGCCCGGCUAUCUCCGCUCCACCCACAGUUACGACCAGAAAAAGAUCAAAGCAGACAUGAGCCCUGGCACAGGGACGUCGCCAACGCUCAAGCAAGCCGCUGCAAUCGCAGCAGACGCGCUGGAAAAACUGGUGAACCCACCGGAGCAAGACCCCAGCUCCAGAGCACCACCAGAACUCGUCAAUGCUUUGCCUGGGCAGAAUCUAAAGAAAGAGAACAAAACAUCAGAAAAUAUCUCCCCAAAGUGGGGCAGAGCAGAGAACAUGGGAAAUGUCCGGCGUCUACAAACCUCAAAAGGUUUGCCUGCUCAGGAAAAAAGACGUGCCCAGCGUCCUUCCAGCGGGAUACCCAUUUGGAGGACCUGGUCUUCCCUGCACGGGAAGAAACUCUCUCCCUACAAGCCACCUGGACUUUGGCCCUCCAACGACCGAAGUAAAACGAAAGGACCCGAGCCGACCGUAGCCGCCCCCCAACACCCCAGCAGCGGCACGGAGAAGAGCAGCUACACGUCCUUGUUCCGCUUCUCCUCUCAGGGCGGCCACCGACGGGCGUCCCACUGGAAGGGCACCAGCCAGCUCAAGCGGCAGAUCCAGAGUCUGCUGAAGAAAGAGAUGGAGAAAAUCUCCGACACAAGUCCUCCCUCAGGCGCUGAAAAGAUGGUGGACUACUCCAUCAGCCCUGCUAUGGCCCCGGCACAGGUGCGCACCCCGAAGAGGAACGACAGAGCCGCCAAACUUCUCGACAUGAUCAGAGUGGUCUCGAGUGACAGGACAAAGUCCAGCAGGACUGAACAAGAACCACCAUCAGAUCUUUUUACAAGUCUAAAUGGGAACUGUAUACCGCAGCAAAACCCAUCCAACGCUGUUCUCAGCAAGACGACAUCAAGGUCACUGGACAGGGCUGAGGCUCGCGACAUAAAAAGUAAACGAAUGAAACAAAGGCACUUGACCAAAAGUAGGUUGCUCAAGUGGAGGUCUUCGGGUGGCCAGAGCCUGGACUCUGCAGGCAGAAGUUUGAGGCUGACCAUGAGCCAACUGGCCAAAGCCAAGGAAGAAUUCCAGCCUGUAGGGCUGAAGGAACAGACUCGUUCCCCGUCACUUCGUAAAGAGAAAGCAUUAAAUCACGAGCAGGUCCGAACUAGCCGCCCGGACUUGGCAGUGCUGCGACCGUCUGGCCUGGCCAGGAAAGAGCGUCAGGCAGUGAACAAACACAGAGAAAGAGAAGACGUGGUCAAUGAUGUGGAGCCAAUGACAGGAGACACCUGGGAUCUGUCUCCCCCCUCGUCUGGCGAGCGAGACUCCACGGAGCUGUCUCCAUUCCACUCCCUAGACCUGGAGGAUGUGAAAGAGAGUCUUUUACCUGACUCGCUGCCGGAGAAACUUGACACAAACUCACAACUUUCAGACUGCUCCUCAUCAGACAAUGCCCACAACAGCUGUUCCCAGGCGGUGGUCAAGCUGACCAUGUCCAACAUGAGCCCCGUGAGGAGUCUUUGCGACAUCAGAACUCCCAGCCCGGGGCAAGAUGAGGGCACCCUUCCCUGCAAACAAAGCCGUUCCCAGCUAGAGAAUGUGGACAAACUAAGGGAAAAAUAUCUGGACGAAAUAAAAGUGAGAUUUCACACGACGGACAGAACGCCACAAGAUAACAGCGCUGUCUUUGAACAGGCAGAAGUGUCCCUUGAAGGCCAACCAGUUCUGGGCAGAAGGAUGCCAUCUGCUUCAGAGUGUUGUCCGGAUUUCCAAAAAGAACUGUCCAAAGUGCACUUGGCGUUGCAGAAAGCAAUGGCCCCGUCUAUUGCCAGCCUGGCAGCCCAGAUCCACCAGAGGGGAAAACAGAAGCCACACACUGCAGUGUGGGAAAAGGAGCAGGUGCAAAAACCCACCUUGGUCCACCGUCAAGAACUGACCAGAGCAAAACACGCAGCUAUUUCUCAGGGGAAAAGCACAGACGACGCUUGGAGAGCCAUCCAAACAACUGAGCGUGCGUCACCGAAAACGCCCAGAACUGCUCGGUAUUUUGUAAACACCGAUAAACAAACCAAACAAGUCGGGAGCAAAAGUCAAGGGUCUGACGACAAUGUCACGACACAGCCCUGGGCCGGCACACCUCACGUACUGAUCACAGGUCAGGGGGCGUUGAAGAGGAAUCGCUGCACACUCUCACAGCCAACCGUUGACCUGGAGAAAACACUGGUCGUUUCGGAAGAGAACAGCGAGGAUAUUUCCCCGGUGAAACCCACAUCUCCCGUCAGCUCAGCUGCCCAGCUAGUGACGGUCAGCGCUCACGACUCCCCCACACGCCCCGUGCCACCCACGGUCAAGGACAGUAACAGCUACACAGUGAUCCGGAAACACUCACCGUCGAGCAGCGAGCUCCCGUGUCCAAGCAGCUCCCCGGACAAAAUGGGUUCGAAUCUCGAGAGGGUUUCCAUAAAGUCGGCCAGUUUCACUGCGGACAGUAGCGCCAGCCCAAACAUGUCCUACUGGCUGGAGAAAGGUAAAGGUUUGAGACCUGUGGUGGCUUCAACACCCAUGUCCAAGAAGAGGCGACAUUACCACUCGCUAGAAGAACAUUUACAGCACACAGGCUGUGCCGACGUCGCCACGGAGCUCACGGCCACAUGCGAACCAAAGGCCGAACACCCCGAUCAAGGAAUCCCCUCACAAUCCUUCACAACGGACAAACCGUCCGCAAGUCCUUUGCCACCACCGCGGCUCAAAAGAACAGCCGUGAGCAAUCGCGUCAACUUUUUAGAGAACUUUGGAGACUCACCGGCAGACGCUGUUCUCCCCGCAACCCCUCAGACGCCCGCGGUGAGUCAGAAGCCCACGGCUCGUGGGUCAGUACAGAGCUCAGCAGACGUGGAGGUCAGCUGGAUCAGCGAGAGUCUGGUCACGAGCCGCGCCGGUCCGGACGAUGACCCGGGCAGACCCCAAGACCACGCUGCGCGGAAUGCAGCAGCGACAACCACGCCACCACACAGAGCCGCGGCGUGGAGAAGCAAAGAACCGGUCAUGUGGCACCUGAGUCCUGCUCCGGGCCGACCUUCCCCCGCAGCGGACAGUCCGCACGAGGUGGAUUCCCCACACGAGGACGCCGCCCUCACACACACCAUAUCUCGGGGGAAGAACCGCCGGCUGGGGGAGAGUGGACAGACGCCCACCGUGGACAGCUCAAGUUACGGGCAGAUAGAGAUCCUGGACAGUGGCGACGUGGACACUUCUCUGGCAGCCACACGCCAGCUUGAAACUGCGGGGGCACCGGGCGGCUCGAGGUACAAGGUGAAAGGUCAAGGGCCGCGAGGAAGCGUUGUGACCUUCCCCUCUCCCGACAAUCUUCGCACGACGUCUGCCACAGGCGGACCCAGCCAGGAGGGCAAGCACCAGCUGACGACACCACGGAGCCACACCAGCGUGAACAAGCCGGAGUCCUCGCAACAAGACCCCCCCAGAACCACGCCUGAGGCAGCCACUCGCAAAGUCUCCAACAGCAGUUACAACGACAGGCUCCAGAAAGGUUUCGUCCCAUCGGUGAACGGGCAAAACACAGCGAGACCGGAGCUGGAGACUUUGAAGUGGCCAACGGGCAGACGAUCCAGGCGCACGUGGUCGGAGGCCGCUCCACAAAAACCUGCCCAGGGGGGGCUACUCUCUCAUCAGAGUGUUUCUGCCAGACGCGACCAGAAGACCACGAGGUACGUCACGUCAGCUCUGAUCCAGGAAAAGAAAAAGAAAGGCGAGCUGGCCGGCCAGGGAGCGGCUCGAUCGGCUCAUCAGUCCAACAACAGCGCAACAUUUUCCCAACCCGCGCCGUCUCCCACGUUGUGUGAACAUUUGUAUCUACAGCGAGGCUGUGUGGGCUCUCCGGUCACUCCGGACAAUCUGACCAGCACUGCCCUGACUCGCACACUCUCUCCCGACAGAUCGGCCACUCACGCCACUUUCUCCACAGCCUGCAGAGUCACCAAAAACAACAAUAAGCGGACUUCCUCUUCCUCCCACAAGUCAUCCAUGUUGCUCUCCCCACAGACCGGUGGUGAAUGUACGGCAGACAUCUGCCCAUGUCACUCGUCUCCCAGGGAGCAUCGGGUAACGUUUGGAAGUGAUAUCUCAAAAGAUGACGAGAAUACUGACGUUUGUGCGAGAAACUUGUCUCUGGAAGAUCACUUGGCCACUACGAGUACAUCUCGGGGGAACUUAUCAAUAGCAACAAAUGUGCAGUGCCAGGGAUGUAGCAGCCGCAGUCAGUGCCAGGGAUGUAGUGGCCAGGCUUCCAGCAGCACCCAGGGGGAGGGACGUCCUGCCGGGAACGGCUCUAAAUCGACAGAGUCCACGUACAGCCAGGUGAGCUUUGACUGGUACAAGCCGUGCUAUAACGGCGCCGGUCUGCCACAAACUCAGGCCGGGGAGAGAGGGGAUUCCCCACAGCCCGAUGUCCCUGCUAGAACAGCAAUGGCUGCGGCGAGGAAUGGAGACAACUCUUGUGUCUUUGUCAUAGACUCUGCAGACACUGAUGGGACAGACGACGCGAGUUAUAGCAGAGAAGGCCGUUCUUUUGUCCGUGGCAACAACACAAUAGCUGAAGGCACUGUGGCCGCUGGUGUCACCUGGCAAUAUGAUGCCACCAGGACCCGGUUACCACGUGCGCAAACAACGUUGUCACAAUGUACCAGCUGUUGCCAUCACAUUCCAAGUCGGUGCAGAAGAGUGCAGUACGGCCGGGGGUGUGAUCCGAAGCCGUAUCGAGAGAGACACCGGUCUAGAUCUGCCAUAAAAACGCGGAGGUUCGAGUCGGGCGAUGACCCACGCAGAAAAAACAGAACAUUGGAGGAUUCUGAUCCAAGUCAGUGCUGGUACCAACACGAGUGUGACCUGACAAAUCAGUGUCUUCAUUCUCGGUGGAUGUCGGCCAAUCAGAGAGCCUUACCGUGCAGAGUGUUGGCCCACAACCUCCCGGCACCAUAUGUCAACGGCCAAAGACAGAAAGAACUGGAGGCGGAAAGCGACGGAACUUUCCACCAUAACAAGGAAGUGUAUCUGCUGAAGCCUCCUCCCACGCUGAACGUCGGCGUUGACUACAGAGGUCUCGAUCUACCGGUACCCCCUGGCGCAGUUUACCUCGAGGGUAACACGAGGGGUGCAAUGUUCUGCCCGCCACAACUCGAGGAAUUUCCGGACAGCAGCGACCAUCUCACCGGUGAACGACGAGGGUUCAAACCUCAACCUCAUGGUUUGGUGCAUCAGCUGCCGCCACACUACGCUCACCUCCCGUUGUCAGAGACGGAGACUGAGGGGAGCUGGGACUGCCGGUCACUCGCCUCUCCGCCCCCUCCGCCCCACACCCACGCUCGCUACGAGUCGUCGCGGAGAGUUGGGGCUCAGAGAGUGGCCAGGCACAGGCGAAAGCGCCGAGUCAUCGUCCCGGGCAAGCAUUGAGUCAAACCUCACAAGUGCCGUCACUCCGUUAGCUCAGUUGGUGGGAUGCUCGUCCACGGAGCGGAUGGCCCUGUUUUGAACCCCAGACUGGACUUUCUAGAUCUCAGGGCAGUUUGUUUGUGUUUCCAACAAGGCCGUCCGCCCAAUUGUCACAGUCCUGUCAGAGACGGACGUUAAAUUCGGAGGUUCCGUCUCUUAAAUGACCUGACAGUGUUUAAAGGGGCACUUAACUCAUACACCCACUUGUACUUUUUUUUUCGUACCGAAAGUGCUGCCAACAAUGGAUGGUCCUCGAAGACAGACAAUGGUAUUUCUGGUUUCAGUUGACAACCUUUGAAAGCCUGCGUCUGUCGUGAAGCGUUUAGGUCAUUGCACGCAGGAGUCCCGAGUUCAGUUCCCAAGUGGGGAACAUUUUAAUUGAAUAAUUCGCUCUUUCUGCUGGUACGUUGUAUCCCUCUCGGCCCAGUUUGGCCUUGUCAGACAGGAUUGAAGCCCGCCUCCUAUAUGAUGUAAAUUGUGUUGAUGAGGGUGCAAAAACGCAGCUACAAUUUCUGAGAGGGCGUGAAACACAGUGCUCUCCCACGGUGACCUGCUGUGUACUUGAGGGGUGUGGAUGUGGCGAGGGCAGACAGAGACAUGGCGGAUCAUUGGAACAGUUGUGUUAUACCCAGCACACGCUGACAAUCAAAUUCAUUUCAUUAAUUGAGUCGGGGCCUGCCAGAUUUUUCUCCAUGGAGGGUCCAAAGCUACCAUUUGCCCACUCAUAUGACCUUAUGCAGUUGCGAGCGCCGUAAAACUCUUACUAAAACAAAUAAGAAAAGCUGCCAUUUUGGCACAAUUCGACCGAAUAAGACUAAAUUUGAUUGUGACCUUAAAAAUUAAACGCGUCCAAUUGUGCCACAAUUGUAGCUUUUGCCCCACCAUGGAGGAAAAUAUGGCUGGCUGCGACUCAGUUUGACUGAAUUUGAUUGUCAGUGUGCACUGGGUAUAAGACUGUAACAGUACCCAUGUACUAGACUAUACAACAUUUGGUACUCCUUGGUUGGUACGUAUUUCCGGGGUGCCUUGAUAGUCGAAGCAGACUUUGUGCUGUUGAGGCUAGAAAGGUGAGCUGAGUAAGCUUGAU